GCCGCGCCGAGGCCGCGGCCCGCAGCGGCUGGCAGCCGGGAGCCCGCGGAGUACGGAGGGACCUCGGGGACUUGGGACCUCGGCCUGGUUCCCUCCCCACGCGUGGUCGGGACUUGGGAGGGGUGUGCGUGUCACCCAGCUCCGCGGGCCUUGGAGCCGCGUCGCAGCCCUGAACUUGGAAGUCGCCGAGAACCGGGAAUUUCUGCUGCUCUGCAGGAGGGCUCGGUUGCCAGGGUCCGCCCGGCGCUUAGCGACCCCGGUGUGCGGCCUAGGGAGGCUCCUGCUGCCGACUGGGGGCGAAGGUGGCAGUGCCACGCUCAGGGUGAAGCAGGAAGCUCUUUGUGGGCGGCCUUGACUGGAGCACGACCCAAGAGACUCUGCGCAGCUACUUUUCCCAAUAUGGAGAAGUUGUUGACUGUGUUAUCAUGAAAGAUAAAACAACCAACCAGUCUCGUGGUUUUGGAUUUGUCAAAUUUAAAGACCCAAACUGUGUGGGGACAGUGCUGGCCAGCAGACCACACACCCUGGACGGCCGGAAUAUCGACCCGAAGCCAUGCACUCCUCGGGGAAUGCAGCCAGAGCGAACACGGCCAAAGGAAGGAUGGCAGAAAGGACCCCGGAGCGAUAACAGUAAAUCAAACAAGAUCUUCGUUGGUGGAAUUCCUCACAACUGUGGUGAGACAGAGCUCAGGGAAUACUUCAAGAAAUUUGGAGUGGUCACCGAGGUGGUUAUGAUCUAUGAUGCAGAAAAGCAGAGGCCUCGAGGUUUUGGAUUUAUUACUUUCGAGGACGAACAAUCAGUGGACCAGGCUGUCAACAUGCAUUUUCACGACAUCAUGGGCAAAAAAGUGGAAGUUAAACGGGCCGAGCCUCGGGACAGCAAAAGCCAAGCGCCCGGACAGCCAGGUGCCAGCCAGUGGGGGAGCCGUGUCGUGCCCAAUGCCGCGAACGGCUGGGCAGGCCAGCCCCCGCCCACGUGGCAACAAGGAUACGGCCCGCAAGGAAUGUGGGUGCCAGCAGGACAGGCAAUUGGUGGCUACGGACCACCCCCUGCGGGAAGAGGAGCCCCCCCACCGCCCCCUCCRUUCACCUCCUACAUCGUGUCUACCCCUCCUGGCGGCUUCCCCCCUCCUCAGGGCUUCCCACAAGGCUAUGGUGCCCCACCACAGUUCAGUUUUGGCUAUGGGCCUCCACCUCCACCACCGGAUCAGUUUGCCCCUCCUGGGGUCCCUCCUCCUCCUGCCACUCCUGGGGCAGCUCCACUGGCCUUCCCACCACCUCCAUCUCAGGCCGCCCCAGACAUGAGCAAACCCCCAGCAGCCCAGCCAGACUUCCCCUACAGUCAGUAUGCAGGUUACGGGCAGGACUUGAGCGGCUUUGGACAGGGCUUCUCCGACCCCAGCCAGCAGCCCCCUUCCUACGGGGGCCCCUCAGUGCCAGGGUCGGGGGGCCCCCCCGCCGGUGGCAGUGGCUUUGGGCGAGGUCAGAACCACAACGUGCAAGGAUUCCACCCCUACCGACGCUAACCGCAGCGCCACACAACCCGCCCCGGCCGAGACCAGGAUUGGAGACUCGUGGACUGUGACAAUCACAACCUGGGGGGGAGGGGGGAGGGCAGAGGCUUCGGAGCUGGCUGUGGGUGACUGGACUGAAGUUUUUAAAUAUAUUUCUUUCUCUGACCCAUCAGCACAAUAAAAAAAAAGUCACUGGUUCAACAA